AUGGAGAUUUGUCCUCUGGACCUGCUCGUAGGCUGCUUGAUCCUUGCAGAGGUUGCCGUGCCCAUCCUCAUGCUCGUCCUCACUCGUCAGAAACGGCCUCCAUCCGUACCGAGUGCAAUUGCAGCAGGAGGCAGGAUCGGGAAUCGUGAAUGAUGACUGCUUGCUAGUAAGUAGUGUUUCGCAUAAAGAUCAGCUAUCGUAUGUAGCUCGUCUUUCAACCUUUUAUGCUUUGGCGCAAGCGCAAAUGUGCACGAAUGCCAAGAACGUCUCGCUCGAGACUUGUUUACCCGACGCCGAUCGUCCCCACUUACCACUCAAACGUGCUUGAGGAACAUCUCCCUCGUGACUUGUUUACGCGUCGCCGAUCGUGCUUUCGACACAGAGCAAGCAGUGGUAAGUGGGGACGAUGGAGAGGUGGCUCAUUUCGCCGAGACCUAG